AUGGCGGCCCCGACGAGCGAGAGCAUCGCGCAGGCGCACGCGGCCACGGUGCGCGCGAACGCGGCCACCAUCGAGCGCCUGAAGAAGGAGAGCAACAGCCUCAGGGGCCAGAUCCAAGACUUCGCGCUCAUGGCCAAACAGAAGGCCGAAACGGAGGACGACGAAGCCAAAAUCGACUCGAUGGAGGCGCUGUAUAGCGAGCUCCGGCGCAAGUACAACCAGCUCCUGGAGCAGCGCAGCGAGCUCACGCGGGAGCUGGCGACGUCGCAGAACCACGCCCACGUGCUGCAGCGGCAGGCGGACGCCGCGACCGCGAUGCUGGGCGCCGAGGGCGCGGUCGACCCGGCGCUGCGCGAGGUCCGGCGCCUCGAGAACAGUAUCGGCAAGAUGGAGAUGAAGCGCGCGGAGGCCGAGGCGAUCCGCGCGACGUACGAGCACAUCGUGCGGCGGCUGAAGCAGGAGGCGACGGCGUUCGACAACCAGCUCGAGGCGCUGCAGGCGACGCUGCGGAGCAUGGACCGGGAGGUGCGGGGGCAGCACCUGAACCAGGUGCGCGCGCAGCACGGCACGGAGGGGGCGCGCGCGGAGCUCGUCGCGCUGCGGGAGCAGCUCAUCAAGGAGACGCAGGGCAUGGAGGAGCAGCUCGCGACGCGGCAGGAGAAGCUCGACCAGUUGGAGGCGGAGGUGUCGCGGGCGCAGCGGAAGACGCAGACGAUGUAUGAGCGGCAGAAGAAGAACAUCGAGGCGCCGUCGAAGGAGUCGAAGGCCGCGGGGGUGGUGAGCGGGCUGACGGGCAAGGUUCGGAUGCAGGCGCAGCGCGUGGUGGGGGAGCUGGAGGAGGCGUUCCGGCGCAUCAAGGCGGCCACGGGCGUGGCGGACCCGGACGAGGUCAUCGCAAAGUUCCAGACGCAGAGCGCGACGGAGCGGCAGGUCCGUGCGUCGAUCAAGCAGGCGGAGGACGACCUGAUGCUCCUGCAGGACCGCGCGCGGGAGGUCCAGGCGGGGCUGUACGACCUGAAGUUCGCGAGGGGGGGACUCAAGGGGGGGACGAAGGCCAUGAUGGAGGAGUUCAAGGUCGAGCUGAUGAACGCGCAGCAGCAGCUCGACCACACGCGGCGCGGCGCGGAGACCAAGGCCAAGAUCGCGGUCGGGAUGCGCGCGGGGCUGGCGUACCUGGCCGAGAUGUGCAACACGGUGCACAUGCACCCGCGCGUCCCCAUCGCGACGGACGAGAACCUCGGACAGUGCCUCGAGGCCAUCCAGGCCAAGGUCAAGCGCAUGCUCCAGGACUGUCCGCGCGACAGCCGCGCGUACGGGGCGCUGCUGGUGUCUGCGCGCGACGAGGCGCGGGCGCGCGAGCAGCUGGAGCAGCUCAACCGCGGCCUCAACUUGGACAAGCUCGUGGGCGCGCAGGGGCGGCUGGCCAAGGGCAAGGCCGGGGUCGACGACAGCGGGAGCGACCACUGGUCGCUGCCGGAGGGGAGCGACUCGGGGUUCGAGGAGGAGGAGGAGGGCAUGGAGCAGGCGCGCAGCGCCAUCAAGAAGCGAGCUGCGGCGGUCACGGCGGCAGUCGGUGCGGGCGUGAACGUCGCGAACGUGGCCGGGGGGCGGUCGUCCGCGUACAAUGGGUGA